CAUAGAAUUUAUUGUCAUAUUAUAGAAAUACUCAAGAUUUUGCAAUUUGAACAAUUUCUCAUUUGGGUGUGGAGUUGUCAAUUCUUAUUAUUCAUAUUGGGACGCGCUGAACCAAGGCAACUCCACUCUUAUGUUUCAUAAAACCAAGUUAUUUUUUCGUGAAGCCAAAGAAAGUGUUUCGAAAACAGAAGACAGGUCUGUAGCUUCUUACAAGGUGCAGCUUUGGAAGGACAGACUCACUGAAGUGCAACGAGUCGUAAACACAGUCGAGGAGAAGGUUUUUACUCAGGUUUUAUCUCUAGACCUUGCUAGCAAGUUGAAACAUGUUUGCGAUAGUGUUCAUGAAAUAUUUGACUCGUCUUCACAACAGUAUUCAACAGUACUUUAUUCUGUCAAUUGUGCGGAUGCCUUCUUUGAAGCGGUGAAAAACCUCAGCAAGCCUGAGAACUUGUCCAAUUUGAUUCAACAGCUGCGAAUUUACGACCAGCAGAUAAAGGAUCUGAAACAAUAUGAAAAGAAGCGUGAUGCUUGUAGAAGAGAGUAUGAGUUAUAUGUUGAAAAAGUGGAAAAUCUUUCACAUUCAGGAAAGCAACAAGAACGACUCGAUAGAAAUAGAAAGAAGCUAUCCGAGUCCAAGGCGCGUUUUGUUCAAGCCACCAAAGAAUAUAUUGUGCGCAUGAAAGAAAUUUACAGAGAACACCCCCUUCUCCUACAUUGCGCUCUUGUUGCUUUUUGGAAUGUGAACAUGCAAAUUGCGGAUGCCUUGAAUGAGAACCUUGAACCACUUCGUUCACUAGUCUCAUCCAAUUUGUAUUUUGUAAAGACCCUAGACUUGAGAUUGACAGCAAUCAACAUAAAUGAUCCCAGUGAUGAUGAAGUCGAUGUGGAAACGAAUUAUCAGAAUGAUAAACCAAAACAAAGCCGAGAAUCAGCAGCGGAAAGUGAUCAAAAUGCUCUGGUAUUAUCGUCUCAGGCAGACUUACCUCCUGGAUGGGAGAGAAGGUACGAACCCAAUCUUGGUCGUUACUAUUAUGUGGACCAUAAUACACGGACAACAUCGUGGUUUCCUCCAACUGCUAAUAAUAAGGUUGCCUCUGAAGCUGAAUCAGUUUCUAUUCCUGCUUCCAACAAUUCUCAAACUGAUCAUUUCGUUGGAGGCAACUCUAAUGAUUACAAUAAGAAUACUCAUGUAACGAUGUCCGAUAAUCGGAAUUAUUCUCCAGAAGUUUUCUCUUAUAACACAUAUCAGUACAAUAACAGAGGAGGUUAUACUGAUAAUAUAUAUGCAGAUAAUAAUAAUAAUAUUAAUAAUAAUAAUAAGAAUGAUUCGUAUAACCCUGCACCACAAAGCAAUAACCCUCCAUAUAUGUUCUACUCUGGUUUACCGUCUAGAAGAACUUGGAAUGAUAUAGGUGAUGAUGAUCCUUUGGCAAGAGCCUUGGAAGCGCAAUAUAGAGGAUAGGUCAUCGUUGUAAGAAUUCAAAAAGUUGUGAAAGUUUGAAGUUAUGACAGAAAGAGAUAGCUCUGUUGGGAGGUUUGUGUAGAUAGAAAAAGCCCAUCCAAAUGGUUGGUGGCUGCUGUGGUUAGAGCCAUUGGAUAAUCGACAUUUGAGUUGUCUGUCUUAUAUGGAAUUUUUGGUCAUAAACUUGAAAUCGAAUGUUUUUCAGUCGUUUUUCACGUGAGCCUUGAUCACUUUCA